UCAGCGAGCGACUAUGCAAAUUACGAAAAGAGUUGAAGCCAGUUUGCUGUGACAGCGUUUGGGCUAUUUACAUGUUUCAUUUUCACUUUAAUCUAAACGCAGUGGAGAUUGUUAUAUCUUGGACUCGUUGGAGGAGAAACAUUUACACUGUAACGUAUUACUCGUUCGAAUCUGCUCUGUGUUAAUAACGGGAAGUUUCUUGUAGCCGGGAGUUCAGGCUUGAAGCUAACGGCUAACAGCUAGCUUAGACGUUCACCGGUACAGGCGGACCUCUUUGUCUGACAGGGAAAGGCGUGCUCUUUUGUUAGCUUUUCCCUUUUGGUCCGCUCAGGAAAGAGUAACUGUCGGGCCAGGAUUUCACAGUCACCCUUAUUCUGGGAUUUUUUUUUUUUUUUUUUAGAAAAUGCAGCUCGCGAAAAAAGACUUUACAGAAAGCCUGAUUCAGUUGACUAUCUUGCUCAGUUUGGUGGGAGUUCGAGUAGACAUAGAUAGCUACCUAACCGGCGUCUAUCCACCCCUAGCUGAGAUUAACUUGGGUCCUAGCUCAGCUUACACUCAAACACCUUUCCACAUUUUAAGAGACACGCUCGACGGAUACGGGGUGCAUCCGAAAUGCCCCGAGCUGGACUCCUUCUUCGCCAGUCGUCGCCUGCUGGAUGAGGUGAGGACACUUGGGUCACCUCGGUUUCCCACGCAGCUGAGCGCGUGGCUGGUGCACCAAGUGUCGUCAACGGGGCCUUCUACCAGCAACAGCCCUGACACCAACCCUGGGUUGGAAAACACCGAGAAUGAAGCCGGAGGGACCAAUGAUCCCCUGUCUGUCAGGGGCCAAACUAACACUGAGCUGGUGCAGGGGCCCUGUGUUGCAGGAGCCUUUCCAAGUGAGGAUGAAGUUAAAGUUAAAGAAGAGGAGGAGGCGGUUCCUCUCACCCAGCUGGCUCACAGCUCAACACUAGAACAGGAGAAUCUGCUUGAAGGCAUCCCCUCACUGUCUGAGCCGGCGCUUCAUGAUGUUCCUCCUGCAACUGAUAUCGACUGGAAUAAUUUGCUCUCUGUUACUGAUCUAAAUGAUUUCGACACUCUUAUUGCUGAACGUCUGUCAGAGCUCGACUCAGACAUCAACAGUGCUAUCAGCCAGGAUGUCAGUUUGCAUGACGCCAUGGUAACCAACUCUGGGUCUUUCGGUCCGGCACCUGCUGCAGCGGAGUCCAGGACAGCCAAUCAGCAGCAAAGAUCCCUGCUACAGCUGGAGUCCACAAACUCCUCGCUCUCAGACUCUUUGCCAGGGAUGGCCGUUGGCCUCGCCGCUCUCCCCUUUGCCUCAGUGUGUAAUUUAACUGGAAAUAUGACAUCACAGAGUGAACUGGGUGACUGUCUUGAUGAGGCGGUGUUUGACCAAAUCAAUCAGCUGGGUUUGGAGAGCUUGGGAACCAUUGACAAUCACCUGAACUUCCUUGAGUGUUUGGACUCUCAAGCCUUUGAGGACUUGGACUCCGAUUCAGGACUCUCGCUGGAGAGCAGCUAUGGAUGUCCAGCAUCUCCAGGUUCAUCUGAGAUGUCAUCCUCCAGCUCCUAUUAUGAAGAAGAAGGCGGAGCCACAGGCUACAGCAGCGAGUUAGACUCCAAACCUCCUAAAGGCAUAAUGGACCACAGCACAUUGUGGCCAUCUGUGGAUCUUGGUGAAAGUGUGUGGCACAAUCACAGUUACUCGUCUUCUCCUCUCCUCACCAAGCCAUCUCUAAGGCUGCCCUGUAAGACUGAGGAGCCGGAGGAGGACAGCGGACUUCAGCUGGAUGAACGGGAGCUGAGCCGUGACGAGCUGCGCGCCCGUGCCAUGUGCAUCCCCUUUUCUGUCCUUCAGAUCGUCAACAUGCCCGUGGAAGAGUUUAUGGAGGUUCUGGACAGCCACAGCUUCUCCCCGGAACAAGUGACCCUCCUGAGGGACAUUCGCAGGCGUGGCAAGAACAAAUUGGCAGCGCAAAACUGCCGCAAGCGCAAGCUGGAUGCCAUCACAGGCCUCCAAGAGGAGGUGGACAGGCUGCAAGCCCAGAGGGAUAGACUGUUGAGGGAGAAGCGGCUUACAGCCAAGACAAUGGGCGCUGUGGCCCACCAGUUUAAACAGCUGAGCCGGGACAUACUGUCUCGGCUGAGGGAUGCUUCGGGACGGCCCCUGAACCCUGAGAGGUUCACCCUGCAGUGCGGGGCUAACGGGAGGGUUGUAGUUCAACCCAUCAGACAACCUGCCGUCACCACAUCAUCUGGCAAGAAGACAGACAAGAGAAAGAAGGAAAAGAAGCAGUGAUGCUCACAAAGACUUGAAUUUUAAGCUUUCUUUGGGAUAUUGCUGAACUUUACUCACCCCAGGUUUGGGGUUUUACUUUUCUAAAGAUUGCAUUGGGAGCCGAAUUUUCCAAAAGCUGCAAAAAACAAAAGACUCGGAGCAUAAGUUAAUUAAAAAGAUAUCUGUACAUAUGGAAAAAAGUAGCUUACACACUGGACUUUUUGCUUAUUGAUGAUGGGCAAAGCAUACAGGGUUUAAGGGAACAGCUUAGCUGCUGGAAAAAGUAUCAAUCUCUCUUUGUGCCUGUUAAGAUAUGAAGUAGAACAUUUAUUGCUAAAUAAGAUUUUAGAGCAGUUACUGGUAUUUUGCCCUGUAUUAUGUCUAUUAGAGGUAGGAGGGUGAAGAUUGUAUUUAUAAAUCGCUUAAGGCUCUUGAACUUCAGGUUCUGAUAUGCACCAUGAUACUUUUUUUAUAACUUAAAAUUUAACUGAUAAGAAAGUGAAAGCUUCACCAAAUGUUUACAGUCAAUAGAUCAGACGGCAGGUAAGGUUAACCUUUGAUCUGAAAUUGAAAAAUAAAUAAAACUUUAUUUACCUUUUUUGCAUCUUCAUGCAGAAUAUGACAGAUCCAAAGCAGACCAAUGAUCAAAGAGGCCUUAUUUACAUUUAGGGAAGGAUGAUUUAGGUUCUUUUGGGAGAAAAUGAUCCUCAGAGUCUUAAAGGUUACUGGAAGAAAUGGAGAAUCUUCAUCUAUUGGACAUGACCACAGUUAGAAUUAACCUCUUACUUGGAUUAGUUGUUAGUUUUAGAAAAAAUAUAUUCUACCUCAUGCUUCAGUUCAAUUUAAUGGUCUGGAGUUUCCUACAUAAUUCAUAUCAAUGUUUCUUUUAGAUCAAAGGAAAUCAAAAAAAUUGAAUCAACUAUUGGUUGGAUGUUAGGAAAUAUUCGUAAUAUACAGAAAUAGUAAAUAUAAGGGCGUGCAUCUAUCAAAGUAUAGCGGUAUACCUUUCGGUUUUUUACUAACUUGGACCUGCUUAUACAGAAUGUCGCUGAUUUUAAGUUCUUUAAGACCUGUAAGAAUGGGCAAUGCGAGAACACUAUUCACUGCAACCCCUACCCCUGAAUAAUUGGCCAUCUAUCAUAUCGCAAGCAGACACAACAUUACAGUUUGUCCUCAGCUUGGCUUUAAGAAGAAAAAACGUUUAGAGUUCAAUGACAAAUGUGUUAAAGUAUGGGACACAUCAAUGUUGCUGUUCUGUUUAACCUUCGUGUUCAUUCUGGAAGUCCCUGGCUGCUUCCAAAAUGGUCUAAAUAUCUCCUCUAGAUCCAGAUCCUUCACCUUUAUCCACAGUAGAAACUUUAUUGUGGUAAGAAAAGGUAGUCUGGACUGCUGUGCCAUUUCCAGACAGCCUUUAACUCGUACGUCAUUAUAGAUGCUUGUCAAAUUGGGACUACAGUCUUCUAAUACAGAAAAACACAAACUACAGAAAUGUAGCGAAUGGCUAAAGCUUCCCAUUAAACAAAAUUAAACAUUAAGGUGUCUACAUCUCCCUGUGCCACACGAUAAGUUUGUGUAAACAGUACUGGUGCGUAUUUUCUCGAGACAACUAUAGCCCCUUUUACACUACCCUUUUGUAACCGCGAUGACUGUUGAGUGUAAAUGGCACGCAAAACUUAACCGAACUGCACCAGUCACAACCAAACCGCACCAACGUGGUACUAGUUCAUCAGUCGGGCUCGAAGCGGUUCAGUUCUGGCUCAGUUCUCAGAUAACAAAGACAAAGAUAACAAACGCAUGAGCAGACUGCGUCAUCUGCUUACAGCCAGUCUCCGUAAUCAUGAAAUGUCAGACCCAUAAAAAUACAAGUUUCCCUACCAUGCCACAAGAUUUCCAGUGAUGAUUCUGCUUAGCAGUGUGAUGAUUGUCAUCUCCUGUCAUUGUUUCCUGCGUCUGUAAGCCCUGAUUAGACUAUCGUUUGUCGUAUCCAAUUCCCAAAAGCCGACUCUGUCAAGUGAAUACACCAAAGGCUGCCUUCUUUGCCGGACUCUCCGCAAACGUCCUGAAUGUUACAGGCGCUGCCAUGUUGGUUUGCUUGUUUAGCUCUAGAGAGCAGUAGUACUGUAGAUCGUCACUAGGAGGCGAGGAACUGUGCUAGCAUAGUGUGUAAAUGGUCGUAUGGAACCAAGCUCGGCACAGUUAACUGAUUCAGUCUUGGCACAGAUUGGUUUUCAGAGGCUAGGGUAAAUGGGGCUUAUGUGAAUUUCUGUAAGGUGGUAUGAGCUUGUAAGUCCUGUCACACAAACGAUUGUAUGAUUCCUUAAGGCUGAUUUAUACUUCGAAAGUAGGUAAUCCACGUAGGUGUCGCGGUGAACGCAGAGACGUCCCCAACCCCUACUGCAGACACUCUGCUGCACCUCUCCCAAAUUGUAGGUGACCGCUGACAGUGCUGCAGACAGGAGGCCUUUGAUUGGUCAAAUCUACAUCUGCUCUUCACUAUGCAUCUCCUGUUUGGUACCUUGCCAGCUUGUUUUGUUUGUAUUACUGCGAUUGGGGGAAACGACUUGGGAAAUUGGACCAGCUAGAAGAGCGAGGCGUGCGACAACGCUGGGACCUUUUCCACCUAGAUACCCGCUCUUUUCGGCCCUCAUGUCCCUCUGUUGUCGCACAAAUUUGCCCCCCACUUCCUCACCGUCUCAGCCAUAUCUAGACCCACAGCUAGUUCCUGAACAUAGCGCCGACCAUGCUUCAAUAUUGAGCAUAAAUCAAAAAAGUCUGCGUGCUACCUGCGACAAGCUCACUGCAACACACUGCUGUGGGAGUAUAACCAGCCCUUCACAGCUCCAGAGAGGGAACCUGUGAAAUGGGGGGCAGUCAGGCUUCUUCCUUACUGCCAGCUCUAUUCAGGCAGCUCUUAACAUGGCGAACACUGACACACAUUCAAUUUGUCCUUACCAAGAAGCAGCCUUGCUCUCUUUCGCACCACUGAAAUUCAGACCUGAAUUAUUAUUUUAUUGAAAAUUCCCUCGGUUUUAAAGUUUCUUCAUUGUGUUUCAUCUACACUUUAUAAACACUUCCUUAAAUCAUCAAAUGGUUUAACUGUGGGCCUCUAGUCGGUAACAGCUCCACACCCAAAAGCACUUUGGCCAGUUAUCCAUUACGGUCAAUAAGGCUGCAAUUCUCUCCAUUCUACUGGUCAGCUUAUUUUAAUUAUUAAUGAAGAAAUGGUCCUGUUUGUACUUUACACUGAUCCAUGUUUGGAGGGUUCUCCAAAAAUUAGGCUUUAUUUUCUAUAUUAGUGCUCAAUCUGUCAGGAAUCUUAUGUGCUCAUAAGUACUGCUUACAGGUAAUAAAAUGACUUUGUACCUCAGUACUGAACACAAUCCUUGUUCCAUAAAACAAUCAACAAAAGGUUAAGUCCCUAAAGUCCUGCUCUCUAUUUGCUACUUUUUAUGGGUGUUGCUUUUGAGAUUAUCAAAGAACUAAGUUUUCUUUGAUUACCAUUCAUUUCCUGCAAGUUUUAUUUUUUUUCUAUGGCUGUCUAAUAACAAGUUGGAGUGCAUAUUGUAAUCAUUUGUUUUUAGUUUGUUUGGCUGUGUGUAUGCUUUUUUAAAAUUAUGAAUUAUUUUUCUGAAAUCAUAUUUUGAUUGACUUCAGAGUGAUUGUUGAAAAUAAGUUGUGAUUAAAAAAGAUAAAACUAA